CUCUCCUUCUCUCUUCUCACUCGCAUUCGCUACUGCAAAGCCGUCUGUACCUAGGAGUAUAACAAUGGAAGAGCUACACAGUGGCAAGGACGAGCAGGAGCAGGAGCUCAGCCUCGACCUCACCCUCCGCAUCAGCUCCGCAGCCGAGGCGGAGCAGGGCGGCUUCUUCCUCUGCGUCCACUGCGACCGCAAGUUCCGCAGCUCGCAGGCGCUCGGCGGCCACCAGAACGCGCACAAGCACGAGCGCAGCCUCGCCCACCGCCGCCGGGAGAUCGCCGCCGCCACGCGUGCACACGUGGCCCCCGCGCCCAAGGACGAGAGGCCCAGGUACGGUUUCCUCGAGUCUUCCGCUGGGCGCCCUGGGAGGAUGGAGGCACGUACGUGGAACGCUGCUGCUGCUCCCUUGCCUCGUGGCAAUGGCACGGCGCGCAUGCCCGCCGGGAGGGGCUCGUCCGAGUACGACUACCGCGCCGACGAUGUGGAUUUGUCUCUCAGGCUAUGACGACCGAUCUCUUCUUGUUCAAGCUACCUGAAUUUCUCUCAUGGAAUUCCCACCUGCGCGCGCGCGUGUCGCGCCGUAUUUUGGGCUCCUAUCUCUUUUGUAUUCUCCGAUCGGUCUAUUGAAUGCACUUACCGAAAUUUUACUGUCUGUG